AUGUCGCCCCGCCGGCGACGAGACUUUGGGGACGGGCUGCCCGAAGUGGAACGCACGGCGUCCAACGUCUCAUCAAAUGCAUCGAGUGACAUCCUCGUCGCUCGUCCUACGCAAUCAACAACCACGCCGCAACACCAAGGCCCCUCUUUCGCAGCAUCCCAUUCUUACAAACAUUUCCCUCCGGCGGCGAUGGAAGCGUCUAUCUAUAGUGGUCUGUUGACCGUUCGGUUCAGCGACGGCGUUGCGAGGGACAGGUUUCGGGGAAUCAUACGCACCAAGCCGAAGCCCAUCUCACACGCAUCCAACAACUUCCACCAACAGUUUUACCAGGCCGGAAACGAUGACGAUGAAGAAUCGACGUACGGGCCAAAUCAUCGCGGUACUUACUCAAAAGAGUACACUCGACUCCAUCCCGACAUCAAAUGGAUCCACCGUGGGCAAGGCCGCUACUUACCAGCAUCUGAAGUCAAAUCUGACAAUCCCAAUGUCUCCCCGAGGCCAACGAGGCAAACCACUGAAAAGACGACCGGCUCGGUGGCAACGAGCGAGCGGACUAUGGACCAGAUGACCGAAGCCUUGGCACAACACUUUGACGACUUCAGACGAAAGCACAACCCAAUGGCGAAGCCUGGCUGGAGUCCAUCGUUCAAGCAUCAAUUCAACCUCAUCCUCAACCUGAUCAAGACGACUCCUCGACACCAAUGGCCCAAAGCCAUCGAGCUCAUCCGGGACAAAAGCCAACGUGAAGUGGUUCGAAAAUGGAACAAAGCUAUGGACGUCGAGUUUCCCAUGAACACCGCCACGAUAGCAAGCAGCAAUGCAAACGACGACGGCGCACGGACCAGGCUUUCACGCCAGGCCAAGACUGCCGUCCCAAGUAUUGAACAACGUCGCAGCUCACGACUAACUGACGCACCCAACAAUUCCAUCUACGCAGAGGACGACGACAUGGCUGGAGAUAGUGACGAUUCCCACGAUCCGGACAAGACAUUCAGAAAAGACUACGUCGAAGCGCACCCACACGAGACCUUCCACCACACCGGCAACGGCUGGUACAAACGGGGCUCACGAUCCGAGUCUGACAAGCACUCCAGACGUCGGGACUCCACUGCUUCGCAUGCUAUUCGCAAAUACAGCAGCAGCGAUGUCUCGCGGGAAUUAGGCCCAGGCCUCACCAUCCACGCCGACGAUCUGCACAACUACCCUGGAAUGACCUUCCACCACAAAGGCAACCGGUACUACAAACCAGGUGUGGGCCCGACUGGCAAGCGUGGAAGCAUUACUGUUGCUGCGGAUGGUCAGGUGAUACGCCCUGACCGUCGACGCAGCAGCAUCGCCCAAGAAGAAGAUGACAUGGAGAGUGUCAAGCCGGUUGUGGGAAGCAGUACGAAUGAGGUGGCAGGAACGUUCAGCAAAGAAUACACACUACUACAUCCAGAGAUUGACUGGGUGCAUCGGGGAAGUGGACGAUACAGGCGGAAGAGCAGUGUGUUUGAAGCAGGAACCGCCACACCAGCAGCAUCGUCAGAGCGUCGGUCCAGCAAGGCCGACAACAGCUUCAUCAAAGACUACGCCGAAUCACAUGCCAGCGACGAGUUUCGCCGAAGUAGCGGCAGGCGGCGAAGCUCCAAGCCGAAGAUUGACAUGUGGGAUGACGAACCAAGUGAAUUAUUCGACAAAGCUUAUGUCCAAGCUCAUCCAAACGAGGAAUUUCACCACCGCGGACAAGGUCGCUGGGCUCGAGGCACACGACCCCCUCGACCUCCCCCAAGCACACAGGAUUUUGAAGACCUCGAACCUGAAGGACUUUUCGACUCGACCUACGUCCACGAUCACCCUGACGAGACCUUUCACCAUCGAGGCCAAGGCAAGUGGGCUCGAGGGUUACCACCUCCUGGUAGUUCUAACAAGACUGCCGUUCGUGGACCCGGCGCACAAGACAAGAUGGCACUUCUCAGAUCUGAAGAGGAUACUGGGCCCAAGCCACCACCGCUUACUGCUCUACUGAGGAGAGAAGAUGGACCUGACAAGUGGCCGAAUCUGAGUUGGCAGUAUCGCGGCGGCGGCAAGUGGUGUCAAGUAUCAAAAGACGAAGCGUCUCGCCUCACUGCUGGCGGCAGGAAGUCACGAGCUGUCGGCGGCCGUCCACGUGCUGGCGAUGGACCCGAGGCGCAACUCCAGCGUGAGGCCUUAGCAGCUGAGCGCAAAGCGACUGCUCUACAGAAACCCGCGAGGGUCAUCAGAAAGCGCAGCGGACUUGCUGCAGCAGAGAUGAGAUCGAAAGGCUCUUCCAACUCGCAGUCCAAGGCACCCACUCCACGACCACCUCUCCUGCCACCUGAAGAAGACAAAGUGAUCGAGGAAGACCUGCCAAGCCUCUUCAAAGAGGAGUGGUCGGACACUGAAGCAGAUGAGCUGGAUGAGGCGGCGAAGAUCAUGCGCAAGGACUUUCCGGCAAUGAUCGGCCCAGAGGCAUUCAUCAAAGCACUCACGAAGCACGACCCAGCAGCCCGCUCCCUCGACUCGCUCAAGCAAAUCGCUGGCAAUGCACAGCUAGCACUCCAACAACUCCAAGACGAGUACCUCAGACUCGACGAAGUCGUCGCCCGCAACCCCAUGCACGGCAAGAAAGAGCGCAAAGCCGUCAAAGGCGGCCGCCAACCAGUCGAAACCGCCGUCUGGGAGGACAAGAAAGAAUCUAUCCUCUACGACUACAACUUCGACCCGCGCAAGAUCGGCUAUCAAGACCCCGACGCCCAACGCAUAGUCCGCGAUGAAGAAGGCCGCGAGCUCCGCCGCCGCCGCAAUCGCUACGGCCACGACCCGCACGCCACAGCAGUUGACUACGGCGACGGCGAAAUGACCGCCAAACGCACCAUCAAGCCCGUCUCCCGCUUCGACGGCGUCGUCGUGCAGCCACCCCGCAAACGCUCCCGUCUGAACCACAACAUCACCUCCAACGACACCCCACCCGACGACAAAGAAACCCCCUCCGCCACACCCGACCGCGGCCCCACCCCCUCCCUCCUCGCCCCCGAAGACUACCAACCCGCCGCCCGCGGCCGCUGGAAGAACCACGUCCCCAAACGCGUCCUCCAACUCCGCGGCGACAGCGUCGGCUCCAGCUCCAACCGCAGCGGCAGCGUCGACCCCGCGCCCGCACCCCCAGGCAGCACCUCGCCCGGCAAACCCGUCGGCGUGCGCAAAGGUCGUCCGCCGGGGAGUAAGAACUUGCACAAACGCAAGGAUGCGGGGAUUAAGAAAGGGCCUCGCAAACCCAAGUUGACGACGUCGACGCCGAAUUCUGCGAGCGCGAGUUUGGAGCCUGAGGAGGUGCAAGGAGGAGGAGCUACUGCUGGUGGUGGUGCGGGCACGAUGAUGGCGAUUCCGGCGAUUAUUGAGAAUCCUCCUCCGGCGGAUAACGGGCUUGUGAAGGGGGACGUGGUGGGUGUUGAGCAGGUGGGGAUGGGGGAGAGGAUGGAUUUGAAUGAGUAG